ACUCCGUGCCGCAUCCUUCCCAACUACAGAGCUAGGAGUUGACCACACUGCCACUCUGUGUCUGCUCGAAACUCCGCAAAUAUCAGCUCUUCUCGUGACUGUGCCGGUCUACGUUAUGCACAUCGGUGGAUGAAAGCGAUGAACAAUUCCCAGCGGCCUGGCUGUGGACGGUUCCAACUCGAAAGCAAAGAGGACCUCGAUGUUGUAGGGCGUCCGAGUGCAACACAUCAAGUCGAAUGAAUGUCCGGGAAUGAAAAGCAUGGCAAUCUAAGGGAGCAAAAUCGCGCAACCACUACGAGGAAAAAAUUACUGAACUUGGUCCACACUGGAGGCACCAAAAUUAAUCAGAGAAUCGAUUCUAGGCUUGCUCUGUGUCGAAGGUCGAUCUCGAAGACUCUCGAUCGCUCCCCGCGGACUCCGUCCCUUCAUCUCAGCUCUACGGCGCACAGUCGUUGGAGCCCAGGAAGAUAUGAUUCUCAGAAGCUGAAGUUUCAUGACCUCAGGAGUGCAGCAAGGCCCUGAUGGGCAGCCGCAAAUAGAACGUGAGAUAGCAGCUGUCAACAACUGUUCGGGGACGCUCUCAUCUUGCUCCCAUGUGAAUAUAACUUAAAUCGCGUUAUGUGCCGUUUCCAAAAAGUCUGUUAGACUCUCAGACCUAUCCUGAGGGGUAGAUUGGGUCGACCGCUGAACUUAGCCUUUCGCAACCCUGUCCCCUGCUUGGACAGAAUACUUCACGGCCGGCGCUCAACCGCACAUUCUCCAAGUCAUCAAUUCAAGAUCCUUCUCCCGCACUUUCAUAUGACUUCACUGGUCGAGAUGUCGAUUUGGGACGAUUGCGUCACUGGCAGAUGUGUUCCCUGCGCAUAUAAAUCGCGAGACUGUUAUGGGGGACCCAAAUCAGACUCGAGCUACUCGGAAUGGUGCCUCCGCUUCUCUCUCUCGUUGCCGGGCUUUUGCUGUCAGCCACUGUGGCUGCAUCUCCGACCGCUCUAGAGAAGAGACAGUGCACCGCAACCUUGAAUACCGCAAUGUCUGUGGCGGAGACACUGCAGGCGCACUACUUUGACGCGUCGUCCGGCAUGUACAACGGAGGGUCGCUCUGGACCGACGCAAACACACUCGAGGAUCUCCACAAUCUCAUGCUUGCGACCGGGACAGAUCAAUUCUCGGCGGUUGCAGACCAAUCUUUCCUGGGCCGCUCGACGCAAGAUACUAGCGCGGCGCACUGGCAGGGCAUCUUCAACGGUGCCAACGACGAUGCGCUGUGGAUCGUGCUCAGCCUGUGGAAGAUGGCAGACUACAAGGUUGCGCGGGGGAUUGAUGCGACUGCGUAUUGGUCUGGUGGAGCACCGCACACAAUUACAAGAAUGGUACAACUCAAACUCACGGAUGAACAACUGACAAACAAGUCGGCAGCAAUCACAAACCAACUGUUCCUCCUGACUUCUGCCGAAGGCGCCAUCCGAUUCCCCUCCCAGAGCAUGUUCCUCCCGAAUGCCAUCAAGACAUGGAACUGGCUACGCGCAAGCGGCAUGCGCAACUCACAAGGCCUGUGGAAUGACGGACUGACGCUGGACACUUGUGUCAACAACGGCCAGACGACGUGGACGUACAACCAAGGCGUUAUCGCAUCCGGGCUCUCCUCGCUGGCACUGGCCACCGGGAACACGACAUUGCUGGCGGAAGCGCAGAUCACACUCGAUGCGACGAUCGCGCAUUUGAGCGAGAACAACAUCCUCAAGGAGACCUGCGACAACGCUGCCGCGGGGGGCAGCGUCUGCGAUGCAGACCAGCAACUUUUCAAAGGGCUGUGGACCAAGCAUCUGCAAUAUUUCCUCGACCGGGCCAAUAGCCCUGCGUUGAAUUCCAAAUACAGCGGAUUCCUGGGCUCGCAGUCGUCGGCCGUAUUCCACUUUGGGACCGACGCCAACAACGACGUCGGCUCCGUGUGGUAUGCCCCAAACGCGGGUGGAUCCAUUUUCACACCCAAGACGUCAGCCAGCGGGCUCGAAGCACAUGUUGCGGACGCGAAAUACGGUCCCUGCUGAUGAUGAUACACACAAACAAUAAGUAAGUAAACGGCACAGAGUAGUGGGUAGAUAUAGCACAGAAUGUAAGUUAGUCGUCGUCGUCAUGAACGGAGCCGAAG